UUUUAAUUUUCGUGAUUAGAAGUUUGAAAUUCUCGGAAUUGCAAUUCUUGGAAAUUUUGAAAAUUUAGAUAGACUCCACCUCUUUGAAUACUUUGCUUGUUUUCGAGAUUUUCGCAAUUUAAAGUUUAAAAUUCACGGAAUUUCAAACGUCUAGGUAUUCCUAGCGUCCACGGUACUACAGAACAAAGAACACCUGACUAGGCAUUCAAGUAUAGUAACGUAGUAACCGUAGUAUAGAGGGUUCAUUGAUACAGCAGCUUGAGCAACUCGUCUAUCCGUCUAUCGUCGGACGCGUGUUUGCGAAGCAACUUAACCUACAAUUUCUGGAGCAACAGAAAUUAUGUAUUCGAAAUUGCUAUCAUUACUUAGGAAGUAAUAAUAUAUUCCCGACGUACGAAUUUCCAUCUUGUAAAAAUACCACGCUUUGUGUGUUUAAAGGUGUUUUGUUAAUUCUACUUACACAAGCGUAAAAAGAUUAGGAGAAUUAAUAUGUAUAUACCUAACAUUCUCAUUCUUAUUAAAAUUGUAUGAAAAAGUAUAACAAAUAUAUAAUAAUAAUUUCUUCGGCUUUUUUACCAGCUGAUACUUGAAAUAAUUGGCCUUAAAAGUGUAAGAUAUAAUUGAUAAGAACAAAUUUGAACAAAUAUUGACUUGUUUAUAUAUGUACAGUCGAAUUUAGUAGAAACAAAAAUUAAAUAUAAUUAGGUAGAAAUAAAUGCAGAUCUGGUGAAUGUUCUGAAAUACAUUUCACAUAAUUGUAAUUCUACGUGUUAUGAAAAUUUGCAAUGCUUAAGAAUGGAAGAAGAGCCUGAGGUGAUAGAACGCUUUUUUGGUGUAUAUUUAUUAUACUGCGUGAAUCCAAAGUACAAGGGAAGAACUUAUGUCGGUUACACUGUAGACCCAAGACGCAGGAUUAAACAGCAUAAUGCUGGUAAGAAGCAUGGUGGAGCUUGGAAAACUAGUAAGAAAGGGCCAUGGAACAUGGUCUUGAUCAUCCAUGGAUUUCCUAACAGCACUUGUGCACUUAGAUUCGAAUGGGCUUGGCAACAUCCACAUAUGAGUAGGCGAUUGAAGCACAUUCCCAAGAAGAGGUCGUCGCAGAAGAUGUUUGAUUUCCGUUUAACUGUCUUGACGGAGAUGUUGAAGAUUGGGCCUUGGUGCCGCUUACCUUUGACAGUACGAUGGUUGGAUUAUGAAUUUUCCAAGAAUUAUUACGGGUGCAUAUCCCCACCAUUACACAUGCCUAUAUGCUAUGGCAAAGUUACCAGUUGUAAAGUUAAGCCAAUACAGGGAACAAAAGAAGAUAACAUUCUGUCACAAGAAGCAUCAAUGUUCUGUUCUCUUUGCGGCUCUAGUAUGAUGGAGAAAGAUUCUGUCACUUGUGUAAAACCAAAAUGCUCUUUAAUUGUCCACUUAAUCUGUUUAGCGAAAGAAUUUUGUAAAGAUGGAAAGAUGAUUCUACCGAUCGAAGGUACUUGCCCUGUGUGCAAGUUUAAUAUCCUCUGGGGAGAUCUUAUAAGAAAAAAGAACGGUUGUUAUCGAGAUCUUGAUGAAGAUCCUAAUACUGAUUCUACCAGUGAUAACGAUAACAUUUAAGCAUCACUUAUAAAUAACAUUGUAAAAUUUUUUUAAUGAAUAUUUAUAAAUAAAUGCGAAUUAACUGAAAUCAGCAAUCAGAGUACGCCAUGUGAUAUACGAAAUGUUAACUGUUACGCGGAUACGUCAAUGAUUCCUAUUCGGCAGACAUUGGUUUACUAUGUAAUUAGCACACACUACGCUGAACCGUUAGUGGGACUUGUACGUGAUUAAACAGUACCACUUGCAUUGAAAUUCUCGAGGUCUUUGCGAGGAAAAAAUGUGUCGAGCCAUAAUACAUUUUCCUUUUCUCUCGGUCGUAAGUUCGUUGUAUACCGAUUUUCUCGACCAGCUAUAAGCGUUGUAGACGAUCUACUUUACGAAUCGAAUAUUGGCACAUUGUAUAAAACGAUAAUACGAAAAAUAAAUAAAAAUUUUAUUAUCAGUA